AUGAGCCGGAUUCACCGGCAGGUACUGCACAGGACACAGCCCCGGUGCAGGUGCCACCGGAAUUGCAGCCAUACCCACCAAGGGUGCAGCCACGACCUUGCCUCAAGGAUCCGCGGAGUGUGGAGGUGCCUCUGCAUGCGCCUUGAUGCGGACUUGCCAAACCGGACCAUGUUCCGUGAUGAUGCUGGCCCUGACCGAUUCACUAUCUGCACCUCUUGUGAGAAGGCACUGACGGCACGCCGAGUGCCUGAAGCGGCUCUGGCGCGAAUCGAUCCAGGCGACGUGCCGUCUACAAAUCACCUGGGCGACCCAUUGCCUGCACCCACGUUUGUGGAGAGUCAGCUGUUGGGCCGGGGCCAUCUCAUGCAGCAGCUACUGAUUGUGCAUCUUGCGGGCCGCCCCCCCGAGGUGUUGCCGUGUGCCGUUCAGUCACAUGGCAUCGCAGUCGUAAACCCCGACCCCAAUAUGCUACGAGGCCAGCUGCCCGCGCGCGUUGCGGAUUUCGCAGGCGCCUUCACGGUGGUGUGCGUGGAUCAAGUCCGAGACCGACAGGACUUGCUGGAUCGCGUCCGCCGUGCACCAGGCCUGAAAGUUCGAGGCAACGUCAUCGUCGCCUGGGUGCGUUUCCUUCAGCAUAAUGACGAGGAUGAAGGUGCGGUGGAUGAAGAAGCUCUACAGGAGUAUGAGCGUAUGGGAUGUGUCGCACGAGUACCAGAGGCACUGCUGCAGUCCGCAAUCGGUCCUACGGAUCCGGAAGUCGCUGGCGUACUGCGGAGUACAUUCCUGCACGACCGUACCGGCGCUGCUGGUGUACGACAGCUGCAGGAGACGUUGCAAGGAAACGUCGCUGGUGAGAUCAUUCAGGGCGGUGGCGCUUAUGGAUCACCGCUUGAUACAGGGUGCAGCCACGACCUUGCCUCAAGGAUCCGCGGAGUGUGGAGGUGCCUCUGCAUGCGCCUUGAUGCGGACUUGCCAAACCGGACCAUGUUCCGUGAUGAUGCUGGCCCUGACCGAUUCACUAUCUGCACCUCUUGUGAGAAGGCACUGACGGCACGCCGAGUGCCUGAAGCGGCUCUGGCGCGAAUCGAUCCAGGCGACGUGCCGUCUACAAAUCACCUGGGCGACCCAUUGCCUGCACCCACGUUUGUGGAGAGUCAGCUGUUGGGCCGGGGCCAUCUCAUGCAGCAGCUACUGAUUGUGCAUCUUGCGGGCCGCCCCCCCGAGGUGUUGCCGUGUGCCGUUCAGUCACAUGGCAUCGCAGUCGUAAACCCCGACCCCAAUAUGCUACGAGGCCAGCUGCCCGCGCGCGUUGCGGAUUUCGCAGGCGCCUUCACGGUGGUGUGCGUGGAUCAAGUCCGAGACCGACAGGACUUGCUGGAUCGCGUCCGCCGUGCACCAGGCCUGAAAGUUCGAGGCAACGUCAUCGUCGCCUGGGUGCGUUUCCUUCAGCAUAAUGACGAGGAUGAAGGUGCGGUGGAUGAAGAAGCUCUACAGGAGUAUGAGCGUAUGGGAUGUGUCGCACGAGUACCAGAGGCACUGCUGCAGUCCGCAAUCGGUCCUACGGAUCCGGAAGUCGCUGGCGUACUGCGGAGUACAUUCCUGCACGACCGUACCGGCGCUGCUGGUGUACGACAGCUGCAGGAGACGUUGCAAGGAAACGUCGCUGGUGAGAUCAUUCAGGGCGGUGGCGCUUAUGGAUCACCGCUUGAUACAGGUCCCGAUGGGCCCACGGCCGGAACAACUGCCUCUGACACUCGUAUGGCAGAUGCUGGUGCUACGGGCUUAGCGCCUGUCGCGGUCGUGGUGCGCCAACCAGCCGAUCCUGGUCCUCUCCGGGCUGAUGCCGAUCUGGGCGUUCCGAAUGAACUGGAGGUGGUCCUUCCGCAACCAGCUCCUGUUCCGACGGACGGCAGCGACUUUGAUAACCGGCCCAAUGUGGUGCAUGACCUGCUCACCGGGCGUGCACGUCUCGCAUUCGCUGCUGGCGGCCGUGGCGCUCAGGUCCUGGAUGACCGCCAUCCAGCCAUCCUUAACGUCUGCUUCCCGGUCUCGUUUCCAUAUGGUUUGUCCGGACAGCGGCCACCGGGUAUGUCGUUCGCCUCAUAUUGCAGCCACCUCGUACGGCGGGUGCCACGGGCGCAGUUCAGCAGCAACUUGAUGCUGCUUGCCCGAAUGUAUGAUAUCAGCGUGCGGCAACAAAGCAUGGCGCAGGUAGGAGUGGUCCUGCGCAUGCGACCACGACUGGGUGGACCAGCGGCACGGGUACCGAGGGAUGUGGUACGCACCAUGGCGGACAUCUUGGCGCUGCCAUACUGUCACGCCCAGCGACGGCAGCUGCUGUCACAGCAGUCCCCCAUGGUGCGUGCCCUCCUGGAUGGCGCACGUGCUAGCCUCCUGCGAAUCGACCUUACAGAUACCUACUACAAUGGUGCAAAAGCCAUGAUGCAUGCGGCUGCCCUCACCAUCGGCUGGCUGCCAUUGUUCUUCAACCUCAACCCGGCGGACAUGCACGCUGGCUGCGCUGUUGUAGCCUCUGGUCAGCUUAUAGAGUUCGACGACGCCGGUCGUCCGACCCAGAUCAGCAGCACGGUGGAAAAGUGGCGCCGUGUCAAAGAAGACCCGCACAGCUGCGCGGCACUGCUCAUCGCCACGAAAGAGGUGUUGGUGGAGCAGUUGUUUGGCUUUGCACCUGGAGCAAUGCGGCAGACUGACCCUAACUGCUUCUGUGGGGUCGUAUUCGAGGUAGUCGUCAAGGUUGAACAGAGCGGGCGAUUGGCGCUACACUUGCACGGAGUCGCACAUGUCGAGUGCUUCGCGCUGGACAACCUUCAGGCAUUAUUCUGUGGACCCAACUGCCGAGCUCUGGCGCUUGCGUAUGCGCUGUGCGAAAUGUGGUACCCCUCCCCAUACUAUGCUCCGACACCAGACAGCGGGACACAGCCUCUGGUCAUGGGUAUGUCUGAUGCGGAAGCGCAGCAGCACGGUCUACCCGUGCCAGCGGUGCAGGCGGACUGCCCACCUGCAGCAUACAACUUCGAACGACUCGCGGGGUGUGCAAACGGCGGACUGCCGCCUCCAUCACGACAUGCCGCCUGCCGUGCCCAUCAUGCUGCCGUCAUACGCAGUACCCUCACCCACAGCCACAGUUCGACGUGCAAGCGGCAUGGCUGCCGCGGCACAGAUGACAGCUGCGGCAUGGCCUUUCCCCGACUCAUCCGCACAGCCUUUCAAUGGAUCGGUACCACCGGCCUAUUCUUGCUGCCCCGCCUGGCACCCAACCUCGUGCCACACAUGCCUGCCAUUGCCCUCGCCUUCGGCUGCAAUCAUUUGAUGUCCCUGGCCUGCGAAGUCGACCGGGAUUACACAGCUGACAUCGCUGCCCAACUAGCGCGUCCUCCCAAUGAACGCGGUGACUGCCCCCUCCUGCAGCCCGCCAUCGACCGCGCCCGUGACGCCGCGUACUACAGCUCCAAGUACACUGCAAAGACAAUUGAACGCAGCCAGGCGCCCCUCACAUGUGCCGCCGUGAACCGCGUACAGGACUUCAUGAUGGCAGGUCACCAACCCAGCACCACCGGUGAUGGACCCAGCACAUUUGGCAACCUGUGUACCGUGGUGCACCGCAUGACGGCCACUAUCACGGCCGGCAUGGCACUGGUCGCCUUCAAACUGUCAGGCCACGAUACGUUCGAAGCAACCUACAAACGCAACUACCUACCGAUAGGUGCCUUCACUGCACUGGCAUCCGAAUCUGCCGUAGAACCAGAAGACGCGGAAACCGGCGUGGAGCUUGUAGAGGCGGACGAGCAUGGCGACUACACCCUCACCAGCAUCGUACAGAACUACACGCACCGUGGAGUGGAGCUGAGCGGCUUGGACUGCAGCGCCUACAGCAUCGCAUCCAACUUCGAGGUGAAACGUAUAACGCCCGCACAGCACCCCCAUGCUGCUAUCCUUAGUGCCCAAGUUCUCCCUGUACCUGGCCGCCGCAAGCGCAAAGCCCCUGGCGCCGCUAUGACCCCUACUACUGACGCACCUCCCGCCACAUCUGGCACCCAGCCCACUGCCGCUAUGGCAUCCCCCGCGCCAGCUGGCCCAUCUGCAGAACAGCUGCCCACGAGCCCGAUGUCGACCAUACCUCCCAAGAAUGUGGCCUUCCAACCAACGCACCCGCUGUAUCUGACACACGUUCUUCAUCGCCUGGUGCAGCCGAGGUACGUUCUGCUGGGCGGCGCACUGCCCCGCCGCCCGCAAGCAGGCAGCACCACUGCAGCCGCCGUCGCCUACUACGCAUUCGUCUUAGGCAUCUUCAAGGCUCACCGCGGCCAACCGGUAGCUGCUGGUCAGACGGUGAAAGAGGCGUAUGAUGCAUGGUGGAUGGACCUGGGAUCCACCGUGGCAGGCCAAUCGUACAGAGCCUGUGUGAGUGUCCUGCUAGACAACAUCGAAGCAGAGCACCUCGCCAGCGCCCGGCGCCAGGCCGACUACAACUUGCGACGCCGCCAGUGCCGCGUCGCUGCUGCAACUGCCGGUCUCGCCCCAGACAACAGUUCCAGCGACCCGGAUGAUGACGACCCGGAAGCUGCACGAGGCCGCCUCGAACCUGACCCCGCCACACAGCCGCCGCAAGAUGAUCAGGUUGAACGGUACGACUUUGUACCAGGCCAAGGCGACCCGACGCUAGGAAUCAACCUGUCCGAUGUCGCCCUGACGGACCUGUACGACCGCACCACAGCAGAGGGCCUGUACGCAUACGGUGCAGCUCGGUGUUGCCGUGUACUUCCUCUUCCCAAUGUGCUCGGCGCCAACACCAACCCCUUCAUCCGCCGUGUACGCACCACUGACAUCCCGCUGCUGAGCGAGGCUUCCAAGCGCCUGAAGCACUACCUAGUCAUCUCCGAAGGCACCGCCACCAUGCCAACCACAACGGACCGCACCCCCCGUCUUCGUUUGGAUCGCCGCCCCGGCUACCCACUCGUAGCGGUCAUCAUGACCGACGCCCAGCAGACCAACCAUAUCACAGCGGGAAUGCCAACUUACCUACGUCUACCACAGCCACCGACCAUCGACGACACCGUCGAGCUCUUUACCCUGGCGCCGGAUCAGGCCGUACCAUUCAUGCUCAUGGCACGUUAUUUCGACCGCCGCAACGAACCUGAUCCAGGCGUCCCGCCGCAGAUGCUCAUCAUGGGUCCUCCGGGCACGGGCAAGACUCAGUUCGUACACGCUCUACUGUGGUACACGUAUCAGCAUGACAGUCCCGACUGGGCCGCCACAUGUGCAUACUCCUGGGCUGCCGUGAUCGCCUUCAACACCCCAGUACAUCGCAGCCUAUCGACCCACUCAAUGUUCGGCAUCUCAGCCAGUCAAAGCGGCUCCCGUGGUGCCAACCUUCCCAAGCGCGGCGCCCAUGCCGGCCUUCAGGUCAAGCGUAACAUCGGUGAUGGGGCUGUCCUCAUCGACGAAAUUGGUAUGCAAAGCCAUGAGCACCUCGGCGCCAUCAGCCACUCCUGUACAGCCAAUGUGCCGCCUCCACCACACCUUGGGCCCGCCCAUCCCAGCAGCCGUGUCUUGUCCGGUCGUGCCGCUGGCGGAAUCGGCGACCUGCUGCAGCAUCCUCAGCCAGGCGGGUCACCGCCAUACCGCUACGCCGCCAACGUCGAACGAAACCCCCAGUUCAGUCCCUCGGCACCGUCAGCACAGUGCCGGCCGGCCUCGGUUGACGAACGUGGAGGUGACCAUGCUGACGGCAGCAACAAUGACAGCAGUGAUGCCGACGACAACACCAGCAACCGUCGCACUACUGUGACCACAUGUCGCACUCAUCGCCCCGUGCCACAAAUGCACACCCGCCUACACGACGGCUUCAACCUGUACCGUCAGCUCGGCGGCACUGUAUUCAUGCUGCAGAAGCAGCAGCGGCAAGACAACAGCCCAUCUGGCCAGCAGCUUACCCGCUUCGCAACCAUGUUCGGCGGCAUUCAACCCACUGAAGCACGCGUGGCAGAUCUAGUAGACGCACUCAACCAACGUGUCAUCACGGAUCUGUCCGAUCUCACAGACCUCGAACCCCGUGUCGUGCUGCAACGGAACGAACCCAGGCACGCGCUCAACACACAUCUCCUGAUGCUCCAGGCGCGCCGCAAAGGAGCGCGUUUGGUCAGCUGGAAUGCGGACCACGUCCCGGUUAGGCAACAUGGUGCAACCCAACAACAGCCGCUCUCCCAUGUCGAAAAGGCUGUCGCAAUGCGAGUAAAAGACGCCACCUUCGACCACACCACCGCCGACACUUGGUACUACGAGGGUGCACACUACACCCUACUCGACACCACUGCUGCCGACGCUGGCGCGUGCCACAACAAUGAAGUCGAGGCAUGUGGCCUGCUUACCGACAGCCGUGAACCACCUGACGAUGGCCGCGGCCCGUACUGGCGCCUCCACUAUCUACCUGCAGCCGUCUUGGUCCGUCCCAUUAAAGGGCACGCGCCCAAAGCGGUGCCAGCAGACUUAGCGGACUUCGCAACCAAAGGUGCUGCCUUCGCCAUCGUACCACGGCCCUCGCCGGCAGCAAACAUCACCGUGCCAGCCGCCAACACCGGCACCACCACCAAAAAUGUACGUCGAGUCAAUGUACCGCUUGGUGACUACUAUGCCGUGACCGACUACUUCGUACAGGGCCGUAGCUUCAAGGAAGAAUGCUGGGUCGCGGACCUUUCCGUCCCGCCCGGUGGCCUCAAGCGUGCAACCAUGUACGUGUUGCUCACCCGCUACAAGACACUCGACCACAUCCGCCUCCUGCGCCCACUCUCUACCACACCCGACGAACGAACACGAGUCGUCAAACAGUUCAUGGCAGCAACCAAGCUGGACCCCGACCUGGCGGCCGAACUCCGCCUCCUGGAUCGCCGUGCUACCGAAACCCGUGAACGCUAUACGACCGAGUACAAACACGACCGAAACCUAGAGGAGCGUUGGACCUCCGCAGCCAACACCACCUGA